AUGGCCUCAUCCACUGAAGAGCGAGAAGAUGCUUCUUCGUCUGCGCCGUCCCUGCACCCGGAGCUGCGUGCUCGAUUGCACGCUUUGGCGAAGGACGAGCCUCCCGUGGCGGAGGUCACUAAAGACAGCAAAAGCUCAGUCAAAAAGGCCAAGGGCGGUCUCGACUCAGACGUGGACAGCUUGCUUCAGCAGCUGGAGGCACUGGACUCCCGCAGCCAGGCACUGCAGCGGGAGGAUCGGAAGGACCACGCAAGGUGGCGCAAGGACGAUCAGGCAGAUUCCAAGGGCAAGACCGAAGCGGCAGCGAAGGGCAAGGAGACGCCCGUUGCCGCGGCCGCAUUGCGACAUCCCCUUCAGGCGGUCGAGCUGGUGCCAGGAGGCGACCGGGACAUCCGACUGCGGCCGAAGAAGCGAUCCGACCCGAGGACGGCCCCGUUCCCCUCGGGCAGCGUCGUGUCGCUACCACCGUUGAAGGGAUCAGCUUCUGCCCCCUGCUUGGUCUCGGGGCCUUUUUUGCGAGAGCGCCACCUUUCCAAAGCAUGA